UCCUCAGUCCCAGACAGCUAACACUCAUUUCAACUGCUGCAACGAGGGAGAGAAAGAGGUCUGGAGAGUCUCAUUAGACGGAUGCUAAACACUCUGUCUAUAUACCGAGGAGGAAGUAGUUAGAGUUAGAGGGUGGGAAAGAGGCAGGGGUUAUGGUUGGGAGAGGAGAUCCUAGGAGUGGAGUACUAGUAAGGAGGUGCUAGGGGUUAGUGGAGGCGAUGGGGGCCAAGAAGUCAAAGGAGCUUUCUUCAUCGGAGGAGGAGAAGAGGAGGCAGCAGGCGAGGAGGAGCGCCGGGCGGGAGGACAGCCUGACCUCGGCCGAGAGGAUCCGCCGCUACACGGUGCGCCAGUUCGGCUACGCGGCACUUAGCUUGGCUCGCCGCGGCCUCAGAGAGCCCCCCGAGGAACUCUGGGAACUGGUGGAGCUGCAGAAGCUGAACCUUUCCCUCAACAGCCUGCGCCUCCUGCCCCCCUCCAUGGCCCUGCUCUCAGGCCUGGUGGUGCUCAACCUGUGGGGGAACCAGCUGACGGCGUUGCCCCCGGAGAUAGGCUCACUGCAACAACUGCGGGUUCUGUUUGUCUAUCGGAACAGGCUGACGGAAGUACCGGAGGAGCUGGGGAACUGCACCAAGCUGGAGGUGCUCAGCCUGGCUAAUAACCAGCUGACCGGCCUGCCUUCAUCUCUGUCCAGCCUGACCAGCCUGAGGAAGCUGAAUCUGAGCCAUAACCUCAUCCAGCACAUCCCAGGCUGUGUCUACAACAUGAAGGCUCUGGUGUUCCUCCACCUGGCCUGUAACCGUCUGGAGAACAUGGCUGAGACCAUCCAGGGCCUGGCCCAGCUGAAGAUCCUGAUUGUGGAGGGCAACAGCCUGCACGCGCUGCCCAAGGCCCUGUGCUGCCUGGUCCAGCUAGAGCUGCUGAACCUGGACUUCAACCAACUGAAAGACGUUCCUCAGGAGAUGCACCAGCUGUUCAGACUGGAGAGGCUGGCCUGUCACCCCCUGGACAAGGGCCUCCACAUCCUCCACAACCCCCUGCUAAAGCCCAUCAAGGAGGUUCUGGAGGGUGGUCUAUCUGCUCUGUACAACUACCUACGUGCUACCUGAGGUUCUGGACCUCUACACAGAAUCAUUCAACUGGACUGGACUCCUGAUUGUCCUGACUCUUGACACAAAUAAAUGCACUGUAUAUCUACUAUGUAGUUUACUCAACAA